AUGAGCUCGCGAUUUAGCCUCGAUGACCACGAUUUCCCUCGAUUAGACACGAUGAGCGCGAUUUGGUGCGAUGAGCGCGAUUUCAUCGCGAUGUGAGCGCGAUUUGAAAAAAAUCUCACGAUUUGAGCUGUCAAACUGCUCGAAUGAGUUCGGCAACCAUAAAAUGACAUUUCACGCUGACAUUUGAUUCGAGCAGUGAAAAAGCAAAACAAAAACAUGAAACACGUGGGAAAAUGAUGGAGGACGAUGACGGAUUUUCUACCUACCCAAGAAGCGGAUUGAAUAUUCCCGUGCGGAGGUCUUCCGUUUGUUGUGUUGUGGUACGAUCCGUGCAAUCGGUGGUUCUGCAUCCCCGCCGGGGUCCACGACCGCAUCCAGUACGGCCACGAGCAGUGCCGCGAGUAGCCUGGUUUCCAGUGGAUGUAGCGGUGGAAGCUCGGGAAGUAGUGCCGGAAGUAGCAUUUCAAGCUCGGGUGGCGGUGGAGGAGACUGGUAGCAACAAUAGAAGUUUGUCCGGCAGUACGGUUGGAGGAAUUAGCAGCAGCAACAGAUGCCGAACUGCCCGAUCUGUCGUGAAUCUUUUACGAGGUCACUUGUGACUUCCGGUCGGACCUACUGUCCACGCCUGAGUUUGUCCAGGUUCACCAGCCCGUUUCCAACAUCAUUCAGCACAAGGCUGGCAGCAGUUUAUCGCCGUCGUGGUCGUUUGUCCAAACAACAAACAAGAGCUGGUGGAGCGCACGAUAUUGAAGCCGAUUCGGACGAGCAUCUGCAGAUGUUCAACAUUGAUGACUCGGCGAACAAAACCAUGUCGGAGUGCGUCGGCGGAAUCUACCCCACGCUGGACGAACCGCUUGAGACGUUCAACCCGGAGGAUGGUUCGGUGGUGGCGAUGGACGACUCGCGGGAACGACAUCCAACUACGAGUGGGGCAAGUGCAUUGACGAGGUAAUCCACGCACUCGACGUCUGCACCGACAUUCCGAUUGCAACACUGUCAACACCACGGUCAAGACUGUAAGAAUCUGCAGGCUUACAUCGAUUCGCACUACAAGGCCCCCGCAUUGUCCUGGCCGCAGCCAGUGGAAUCAAACAAGGAGACCUGGUUGAGCUGACCGAGUCUUACCUCGGGAAGGUAGGCAGCACCUUCGACGGAAAGGCUUCCGCUCUGACGCCGUGCCGAUUCACCGAUUCUGAAGUGCGCGACCGGGAUGAUUCGCUACCGGUGGCGCUCGUCAUCAUUGCCGUCUUGAGUUGCGGCUGGACCAAUCAAGACAAUGUUCCGCUGAUAGUCGCCAACACGCUGAUUAGCGCGUGGUAUCGCACGCAGAGUGGUGGCGCCAAAAACGCCAAGGACAACCUGUGCUUCUAGGAAAGAAAACCGGCCUGUGGGGCAUCUACUUCAUGUGCGUUCCGCUCAAUUACGAGGACAUGGUGUUCCACUUGCAGAACGAGUGGAUGCGUCUGGCACGAUGGUUACCCACAGCGAAGUUGACCACACCGAGAACCUGCUCAAGACGAACAAGCUGCUGCAGCUGGACGGUACGACGCCGAUCUUCGGAGACAUUGCCAGAUGCUAUGCGACAACCGCCGAAUUCCGCUUCCAUCUUCGACCGCUGUCCGGCCAUCGCCGCCUUCGGCCCUUUCUGCCGCACAUAAUCACAAACACUCCAAACAUGUUGAACCAUUCAAACUGGAAGUAACGGCACGCCGCUCUGAUAGUCGUCUCGACCGCUGGCUAGGGUUGCUACAAGCAGACGGACAUCAUGCGGGGCGUGCUCAAGUAAUUGAUGGAUCCCAUCCGAGAGUUCGUUACGCCGGCUGUAACGCCAUUGGUCAAAUGGCCAUCGACUUUGCGCCGGUCUUUGAGAAGAAGGCCUAUGCUGACCGGCAGAGGGGACUCAACGACAUUUGGUUUUCCAUUUCAGCGAAGCCGGUGAAUAUACGAUUGUCAGAACCGUAAAAUCUCGGGUCUCCCGAAAGUUACGUGGCAAGAACACCUAACGGGAUAAUUACGAUGGUCAGGAGUUUUGCAGUGUCAUUUAUUAUUUCCCCUUUAUUAUUCAACAAGCACUUGUUUGGAAGGAAACAAGUUAAAGGAUAACUAGAAUGGAUUCGCGCAACUUCAACAUGAGCGAGGCAGCUACUUCCGGUCCCAGAUAUCAGGGAUGGUUAAUGAGAACGGUUUAAUUUACAGCGAGCGUGUUCUGUUGAGUGAAGUAAAACAUGACUACCAACGAUUUUGAGUGUCUUUUAAUCUAAGCUUCCAGAAAACUGCGGCUGCGGCGAGUGAAAUUUGAGGUUACG